AUGUUUCACUUCCGGUUUGCGGACAAGACUAACGGGUGGUGAAAAGGUGAAUUCUCGGAAAAUCUACAAGGCGAGGAAAAUAUAAUAAAUCAAUUCGAUUAUCUUAGUGGAUACGUACAGGCUCAUUUUCUAACGACUUCUUACGUUCCCCGAUGUGCUACCGGCCCUAGAUGUAAUUUGGAUAUAUUAUUUGAAUUGUUGUAGCUUUCUUGUGAUCUUUUCAGGAUCUGAAUUAACAGAUAGAAACGGAAUGGGAUGGAGAGCAUUCUUAUCGGCUCCAGGCUCCACUGACAGAUUUCAAGAGCAGAAUCACAGUGAUGGACAUCAGCAGGAUCGUUUGAUAUUGUCCGAGAGACAUAAUCGACAAAGACGUAACGCCGUGACGGUGUUUACGAUGGAAGAUGUUUUAAAAUCCAACAACUUUCAAAGUUUUCUAAACACUCACUCGGCGAGAACAAGGUCGAGGACUUCCGAGGAAUAG